AUGGCUCUCCUCGCACUCGUCGAGGACCGCCCGACGCCCAAGGCGGUGUACAACUGGCGCGUCUACUUCUGCGCAAUCAUCGCGUCCUUUGCCAGUUGCACCAUUGGCUACGACUCUGCCUUCAUCGGAACCACGCUGGCUUUGGAAUCCUUCACCACCGAGUUCCAGUUCGAGACCUACAGCAAGGAUGGCUUGGCUCUCCUCAAGUCCAACAUCGUCUCCGUCUACCAGGCCGGCGCCUUCUUCGGAAGUCUGUUCGCCUAUGUCAGCAGUUACUUCCUUGGCCGCAAGAAGAGUUUGAUGGUUUUCACCCUCAUCUUCCUUCUGGGCGCCGGUAUGAUGCUUGGUGCCAACCGCGAGCGUGGCCUCGGCCUCAUCCUCGGUGGCAGAGUCCUCGCGGGCAUCGGUGUGGGUGGCUGCUCCAACAUGACCCCCAUCUACAUCUCCGAGCUUUCGCCCCCGGCCGUCCGUGGACGUCUUGUCGGAAUCUACGAGCUGGGCUGGCAGAUUGGCGGCCUCGUCGGCUUCUGGAUCAACUACGGUGUUGACUCUACCAUGGAGCCCAGCCACUCUCAGUGGCUGAUUCCCUUCGCCGUCCAGCUGAUCCCUGCCGGCCUGCUGUUGAUCGGAGCCCUCUUCAUUCCCGAGUCCCCCCGUUGGCUCUUCUCCAAGGACAGGAGAGAGGAGGGACUGAAGGCACUUUGCUGGAUGAGAAACCUGUCUCCUGAUGACAAGUACAUUGUUGAGGAGAUGAGCUACGUUGACGCUGAGCUCGAGCGAUACCGCACCGAAGUCGGUGCUGGUUUCUGGAAGCCCUUCGCAUCGCUCAAGGACCGCAAGGUCCAGUGGCGCUUCUUCCUUGGCGGCAUGCUCUUCUUGUGGCAAAACGGCUCUGGUAUCAACGCCAUCAACUACUACAGCCCGACCGUCUUCAGGAGCAUCGGCAUCACUGGCACCAACACCAGCUUCCUCACAACGGGCAUCUUUGGCGUUGUCAAGACUGUUGUCACAUUUGUCUGGCUGCUCUGGCUUAUCGACCACCUUGGCCGCCGCAACCUCCUGAUGAUCGGCGCCAUUGGCGGUUCCCUUUGCAUGUGGUACAUUGGCGGUUACCUCGCCCUUAACCCGGCCUCUGGCAACACUGGCGGUCUUUCCGGCGGCGGAAUCUCUGCCAUGGUUUUCUUCUACCUCUGGACAGUGUUUUACACUCCUUCAUGGAACGGUACCCCUUGGGUCAUCAACUCCGAGAUGUUUGACCAGAACACCAGAUCGCUCGGCCAAGCAAGUGCGGCUGCCAACAAUUGGUUCUGGAACUUCAUCAUCUCUCGUUUCACCCCGCAGAUGUUCAACGCCUGGGACUACGGAGUCUACUUCUUCUUCGCAUCCCUCAUGAUUUGUUCGGCCAUCUUCAUCUUCUUCCUCGUGCCUGAGACGAAGUCCGUGCCUUUGGAGACGAUGGACCGUCUGUUCGAGAUAAAGCCUGUGUGGAGAGCAAACAAGACCAUCAUGGCGGAGCUGGCAGAAGAGCAGAGCUUCAGGUUCUCUGACGAUGGACUCGGCGAGAAGUCUGAUGACGCGGAAAUCAACCAGGUAGAGAGGAAGGAGAGCGCUUGA